AUGACUGGUGUCCUUGUAAGAAGAAGCAACCAGACACUCCUGGAGGUUAACUUCGUGGCCUGCCAGCUCUUUGCCUUGGCUACAGCUUUCUGGUUUCGCAUCUACUUACAUCCUGGUAAAACCAGUCCUCAGGUCCGACAUGCAUUUGCCACCAUUUUAGGAAUUUACUUUGUCAUUUUCUGCUUUGGCUGGUACUCUGUACAUCUUUUUGUGCUGGUGUUACUGUGUUAUGGAGUCAUGGUCACUGCAAGUGUAUCUAAUGUUCACAGGUACUCCUUUUAUGUAGCAAUGGGAUACCUUACGAUAUGCCACAUCAGCCGAAUAUACAUCUUCCACUAUGGAAUUCUCACUACUGAUUUUUCUGGGCCUCUGAUGAUUGUCACUCAGAAGAUCACAUCGUUGGCUUUUCAAGUUCAUGAUGGAUUAGGUCGAAGAGCUGAAGAUCUCUCUGCUGAGCAGCAUCGACUUGCCAUAAAAGUGAAACCCUCGCUGUUGGAAUACUUAAGUUACCUUCUCAAUUUCAUGAGUGUCGUCGCCGGCCCUUGCAACAACUUCAAGGACUACGUAGCCUUCAUUGAGGGGCGGCACAUACACAUGAAGUUGCUGGAAGUGAACUGGAAGCAAGAGGGUUUCCACGGCCUUCCCGAGCCUUCUCCCAACGGAGCUGUGAUUCGCAAGUUGUACAUCGCCUUGGGGUCUCUCUUUUUUUUUCUGACGCUCACCAAGUCCUUCCCUAUCACUUGCCUGGGUGAUGACUGGUUUGUCCAUCAAGCAAAUUUUCCUACUCGACUCUGCUACUUGUACAUUGUCAUGCAAGCUGCAAAACCCAAGUAUUACUUUGCAUGGACAUUAGCGGAUGCAGUGAAUAAUGCAGCUGGCUUUGGGUUCAGUGGAGUGGAUAAGAAUGGAAAUUUCCAUUGGGAUCUGCUGUCUAACCUAAACAUCUGGAAAAUCGAGAUCAUCCUAGAGAAUCUGAAGACACCUGUGGUAGAAGGCCUUUCCAAGCCUGGCAAGGGAAAAGCUAAAGUCUCAUCUGGGUUCUUUCUGAAUGAAGCUGUGUGUUAUGAGCGAGUUCCGUGGUACCCUACGGUGCUAACCUUCGUCCUGUCUGCCUUGUGGCAUGGUGUCUAUCCUGGAUACUAUUUUACCUUCUUAACUGGAGUCCCUGUUACAUUAGCAGCUAGAGUGAUAAGGACCAACUACAGACAUUACUUUCUUUCUUCAAAACCUCUCAAACUCAUUUAUGACGUGGUUACCUGGGCAGUCACUCAGCUGGCUGUAUCAUACACGGCCGCACCCUUUGUUAUGUUGGCAGUCGAACCAACCAUCAGUUUAUACAAGUCCAUGUACUUUUACUUACACAUUGUAAGUCUCCUGAUAUUACUUUUUCUGCCAAUCAAACCACAAGCUCACACUCAAAAGCAACCCCAGAGUCUGAACUCUGUUCAUAAGAAGAAAGCAGACUGAUACAUCUGAGAACAGCUAAAACAACAACAGCAACAAAAAACCAAAACAACAUUGCAAGACAUUGGAAAGAUGAAAUAGAAAAGCUUGAAGGUUCUUCAGUGACUUAGAGGCAAUGUUUACAUGCAUCUUUUUUUUUUUAACUGCAGGGAGUAUUUUUUAUACAGUCUUUUUUUGUACAGCGAAAUUAGCCCGAUCUAUGUGUCUUAAUAUGUUAACGGGAUCUUCCAGUGAUGGAGAAGUGUAGAGAAUGUGCCGGAGCUUCUGAGACAGUCUCUUCUGGAAUACUAGGUCUUUGCUUUUCUGAUGUCAUUGUCAGUUGAAAUCUAGGUGAUGGGAAUCGGAAUCUAGGCAUUGGCCUGGGAAGUUAGGAGAUGAUUAGUGAGAUUUAUCAUACAUUUCUCUUCCUCUCUCCCUCUUUCCCUCUCUUCUUCCAUUCCUCUCUCUCUCCCUACCUCCCUUCCUCCCCCCUCCCCCAACACCCUCUCACACCGUAGCUCAAGAUGACAUGGAACUCACUGUGUGGCCUAGGCCAUCAUUGACCUUGGCAAUCCUCCUUCCUCAGCUCCUCAGCUUCCUCAGCAUAAGCAUGAAUCUCCAUGCCUGGUUGCCUGCCAUGGAUUUCUUAAGUAGAAGCAUAUCCAGGCAUGCUUGUUCUUGGGAAGCUCUAAACCCUUUGACUGUGAUAUUAUUGGUUUGUGAACCUAAGAGCUGUACCAGCUGAAGACCCUGGCUGAACAGGAUCAUGGAAGGAGAUUUUUGGGGGUACUCAAAAGAAUAUGAGUGAAGAGGACCAACCAUGAACAUUUGAAUGGACUAGCAGUGAGCCCUCAAAGAGGCUGCUUUCCCCUGCCCUCCCCACCCCAUCCCCAGGAAUGUAUUCUUUCCAUUUGUUUAUUCUGAAAUGAGCCACAGUGGGAAAUCACAAACUCUCGGGUGUAUAUCUGCUAGGAGCCUGCUUCCCAUUUUACCCAUUUUCAUCUGCUUGCCCAGGAGUGGCCCCAAAAUGACACCCAAAUAUUCACACCAUCAAAGGCAGUAACAUACCUUUAUAAAAAAACGUAAUAUAUAUAUAUUAUCUUUAAGUAGUUGAACAAAGGAAUUACCAUUCAUCAAAUCAGUUUAUAAAUCCAAUGCAUUUUCAUCAAUGUCACCCCUUUUAUCUCUUUCCUCCAUCCAAAAUACCUUUUGAAGAACUAAUCUGUUUAAAAAGUAAAGUUCUGUAGCAUUUUGGUAAGAAGAAACACGUUUCUCUUUCUUUCCCUCGAUUUCUGGAGGUGUUAAUGAUCAUGGCCAUGAUAUACACAUGGGCCUGAUUUUCAUUUUUCUAGCUUCAUAACUGAUUAAACCCAGCUUUAUUUUAGAUGAAUCAUCAUAUUAUAAGGCAGAAACUAGAAGACAGUUUUCUAUUCUAUCUUUGUCAUGAAUGUACCACAGUUCCUUUUGGGAACUUCUAUUGGAUAAUCUAUAUAUGAAAAGAAAGUAGAAUAUUAAAUCUUGUAGAAAAUAAUAAUAAUGAUAAUAAUAAUAAAAUCUAUGCUGCAAUCAUGUGCCUUCAAUCAGAUGAUCUGAGUGGAGAAAAUCUGUUCAAAUCAUAUGGUAAAAAAAAUAAAUG